UAUGACUCGAAAGAUGUGAGAAAUUUGGUGGAAGUCCUAAGAGAAGCAGCGACGGAGGAGAAAAUGUUUUUACGUCGGAGAAGGGAACAAGCGGUUGCUCCGUCACCUUGUGGUGACAUGCCUCGACGAGAAAGCAUACUCACGGUGCUUAGAAGUCCAUCCUCGCCGCUGCUACUUCUUGAAGCCUUCGGAGUCGAUUUCUCCUGCCAGAAGAAUUAUAUAGCGCAGGGCUAUCUCAAGAUGAUGUGGCAUCACUCUUCAAUUUUUGGCAAACAGAACGGAAAUCUUCCAAACAUUUCGGCAGACUUUAAUUUCAGAAUACUCUUCAAGUUUUUGGCUGACGAAACAGAAGUCUUCCAAACAUUUCAGUAG